GCCCAUGGAACCAGUGUCUCAUGAUCCCCAGACCAAUUCCUGGACUGCAAGACUGUGCUUCCAGGAGAGCAAAACAAGACUUGAUGCCCAGGACCCUGGACGGGCAGAUCACCAUGGAGAAAACCCCCAGCUACUUCGUCACCAAGGAGGCACCCGCUCGUAUCUCCGCCAUGUCAAAGGGCACCAAGCUCAUCGUAGUCGUAAGGGACCCUGUAACCAGAGCCAUAUCUGAUUACACACAGACUCUUUCUAAGAAGCCUGACAUCCCCACCUUCGAGAGCCUGACCUUCAAAAACAGGACUACGGGACUGAUCGACACCUCGUGGAGCGCCAUCCAGAUUGGCAUCUAUGCCAAGCACCUGGAGAACUGGCUCCUGUACUUCCCCAUCGGGCAGAUCCUCUUUGUCAGCGGGGAGCGGCUGAUCAGCGACCCUGCUGGGGAGCUGGGCAGGGUCCAGGACUUCCUGGGCCUCAAGAGGAUCAUCACAGACAAACACUUCUACUUCAACAAAACCAAGGGUUUUCCGUGCCUGAAAAAGGCUGAAGGCAGCAGCAAACCCCACUGCCUGGGGAAGACGAAAGGCAGGCCCCACCCCGAGAUAGACCAGGAGGUGGUGCAGAGACUGCGGGACUUCUACCGGCCUUUCAACAUGAAGUUCUACCAGAUGACUGGGCACGACUUCGGCUGGGACUGAGGCUGAUGCAGUCGCUCACCUCUGUAAUUACCCGUGUGGCACGGUUUGCUUAUAUAAAGAGAUAUAUGUAUGUAAAAUGUACAGAAAUCUAUUUUAUAAUAAUUUAUUUUUAAUUCUUAAGCAAUUAAUUCACUAAGCUGCCUAACCACACUGGCUAGAAUGUUAGCCCAUAACCUGUUUAACAUUCCACGGUAUUUUAUUCUAAUGUCUUUUUAUUUGGCUGUAAUUGGUGCUUCCAUUUUUCCUAAAUAAAAUUUAGUAUUUAAAUAAGGGGAUGGGAGGAGGGGGGCGGGAAAAAGCACAACUUUAUUUUUGUUACGGGUAUUAGGCCUUUAUAAAUGCUCUCAUCUUACAACUCCUAAGUCUGUUCCACUAGUGUUCUGUUUCCCCACCCCUACCACACACACUCUUCUGCAUUAGAUCUCUUUUUGGUUAGCCAUGUUCCUUUGGGCCAUCAGAAUAAUCCUGGGUUAGGGAGAGGUUACACUACUUUGGAACAGAGUUGUACCUAACAUUGCAGCUACUUUACAGGAGAGGUGUGAUGUGCAAAACCCAUCAUUAUUCAAUAUUUCUUGUCCCAAGCUGUAUAGCUGCUAGUGCUGAGAGUCUGCUGCUUUUUUUUCAUUUUUUUGUUUUAGUGUUCUCCAUAGGCUUUGCUUGGUGCAAAAGCUUCACUUAUGGAAAGGAGCAGCCUCUGUCCAAGAGGAGAGCAGGUUCAUCAGUCUUUCAGUUUUAUUUUAAUGGGGAGGAUUACUCCCUCAUGCACCAUACGCCAUGUGCCCAUCUAGAACACGUUUCUGGAAACUCUAUGCAUUUCUUUCCUAAACUUAAUCUUGUCCUUGGUAAAGAGAUGACAUGCUUAUUGCUGAUCUGAACUACUCAAGAAUAAAUGAAUCUCCCACUCAUGUGCAUAUGCACAUAUAGUGGAGAACCCAUUCUAAAAAGCACUAGUCUAGUAUGCAAGCAGAGCAAUCUGCUUAGAUGCACCAAAGAAAUCAAUAGAACUACAGGAGCCAUUUCAG